AUGACCACAUCAGUCUUCUUCAUCAUCGCUUUAAUGGCCACUCCUCUAUGGGCUCAACCCAGUCUUCCACCAGUCUCAGUCCCCUCAGCCAUCUCAACUCUUCCAACUGUUACCCCGAAGAUUCCAAUUCCGAAUGUGAAUGGAACUUGUAAAUGCCCACUCAUUCCAGAUCUUCAAGUACUGGAUUGUAUCUUGGAUUUCAUCAGCCACGUCAACAUCUUAACCAAGACUGUCGAGACUGUGAAUGGAACACAAUUCAACAAAUACACCAUCCAACACUUGGAGAUCCUUAAGGGUGGCCUCGAACUGCCCUCAGUCGUUCUCGUCCCAAUGGGUCCAUGUGGAUUGGAAUUGGAGGAUUUGGUGUGCCAACUCCUCGAGGGAUUGAUCGAGCCACUUCUUGGGAAGCUUCUUGUUGUCCUUCCCGGUCUCGAUGCUCUAGGUGGUUUGACUGGAGGUCUUGGUGGAGUUGGUGGACUCACUGGAGGACUUGGAGGUCUUACCGGAGUUGUUGGUGGACUCACCAAUGGAUUAGGACUCGGUGACUUGCUCGGUGGCCUG